AUGACUAGUGUGCUACGUAAUGUUUUAAGGAGUAGCCAGUUGCAUAAGCUUCCCCUUUCGAGCUUGGCCAAAUCACAUCAAUCGCUUGUCGUAUCCAGAGGAUUUCAAACAUCGCUACGUGUUCUCGAUGACUUGAAACAAAAACAACCGGAGACUUACGAAGAGGAAAAAGUGGUGAUUGAUGAGAUAAUGAAAAAUCUACCAGAGGAGGACAUUAAAGCAUCUAAGAGAAUCAGAAACAUUGGUAUCUCGGCACAUAUAGAUUCGGGUAAGACCACAUUUACCGAACGUGUUUUGUUCUACACCGGAAGGAUCAAGGCUAUCCACGAAGUUAGAGGUCGUGAUUCAGUUGGAGCCAAGAUGGAUCAUAUGGACUUGGAAAGAGAGAAAGGUAUCACCAUCCAGUCGGCCGCUACAUACUGUUCAUGGGAUAAGGACGACAAAUCGUACCAUUUCAAUUUGAUUGACACGCCAGGACAUAUUGAUUUCACAAUUGAGGUUGAAAGAGCAUUGCGUGUUUUGGAUGGUGCCGUGUUGGUUGUUUGUGCAGUUGCCGGGGUCCAAUCACAAACAGUCACUGUUGAUAGACAAAUGCGUCGUUACAAUAUUCCUAGAGCCACAUUCAUUAACAAGAUGGACCGUAUGGGCGCAAACCCUUGGAGGGCCAUUGUGCAAAUCAAUUUGAAAUUGAAAAUGCCAGCUGCAGCUAUCCAAGUUCCUAUCGGGGCCGAAGACCAAUUGAAAGGUGUUGUCAAUAUUAUUGAUCGUGUUGCUUUGUACAAUGAAGGUUCACAAGGUGAAAUAAUCAGAUCUGCUGAAGUUCCUGAAGAUUUGAAGGAGUUGGUUGAGGAAAAGAGAGCUUUAUUGAUUGAAACAUUGGCUGAUGUUGACGAAGAAAUGGCUGACAUUUACUUGGAAGGUGAAGAACCAACUCCAGAACAAAUCAAGGCAGCCAUUAGACGCGCCACCAUUGGAAGAAAAUUCACUCCUGUACUUAUGGGUUCUGCUUUGGCAAAUAGAAGUAUCCAACCAGUAUUGGAUGCUGUUGUCGAUUACUUACCACAACCUAAUGAAAUUUUAAACACUGGUUUGGAACUCCACAAAGAUGGAAGUGAAACACCAAUCAAUUUGAUUCCAUCUAGUGCUGCUCCAUUUGUUGGUUUGGCAUUCAAGUUAGAAGAGGGACCAUACGGACAAUUGACCUAUAUCAGGGUAUAUCAAGGUAAAUUGAAGAAGGGUUCUUACAUGACUCACAUCAAGACAGGCAAGAAAGUCAAGGUUUCAAGAUUGGUGAGAAUGCAUUCCAAUGAUAUGGAGGAUGUAGCUGAAGUUGGAAGUGGUGAGAUUUGUGCCACCUUUGGUAUCGAUUGUGCUUCUGGUGACACAUUUAUAGGUCAAGGCUCAACGCAGCAAAUUGCCAUGAGCUCAAUGUUUGUUCCAGAAGCAGUUAUUUCCUUAAGUAUUGCUCCUAAAACAAAAGACAAUGGUGCAUUCUCGAAAGCCAUGAACAGGUUUCAGAAAGAAGAUCCAACAUUCCGAGUUCACUACGAUUCUGAGUCAAAGGAGACUAUUAUUUCCGGAAUGGGAGAGUUGCACUUGGAAAUUUACGUCGAAAGAAUCAAAAGAGAGUAUGGGGUUGACUGUGUUACUGGUAAGCCUCAAGUUGCCUACAGAGAAGCCAUUACUGCACCAGCUGCAUUUGAUUUCACCCACAAGAAACAAUCUGGUGGUGCAGGUCAGUAUGGUAGAGUUGUUGGUGAGAUGAAACCGAUUGAAGGUGAAAACAAGUUUCAAACCCAAAUUGUUGGAGGAAAGAUUCCAGAAAAGUUCUUGUUGGCUUGUAACAAAGGGUUUGAUGAUUGCUUGGAAAAGGGUCCAUUGAUUGGACACCAGGUUUUGGGUGUUGAUAUGCUUAUCAACGAUGGUCAAACCCACGUUGUUGAUUCUUCGGAAUUGGCAUUUAGGACCGCAACUCAAGGUGCGUUUAGACAAGCCUUCCUCAAUGCAGCCCCAGUUAUUUUGGAGCCAAUAAUGAAUGUCGAAAUCACGGCACCAAACGAAUUCCAAGGUUCUGUCGUUGGCUUGGUUAACAAGUUGGGCGGUAUGAUUAACGAGACUGUAAAUGGACAGGAUGAGUUUACCGUUACGGCUGAGUGUUCAUUAAAUUCCAUGUUUGGAUUUUCUACAAACUUGAGAGCAUGUACUCAGGGUAAAGGUGAAUUUUCAUUGGAGUUCCUCAAGUAUUCUCAAGCUAGUCCACAAUUGCAAAAACAAUUGAUCAGCGAUUACGAAAAAGCACAGGGCAGCAAAAAGUAA